AUGGCCAUUUCUGAGCCUGUGUCCACUUCUCAUCCUCCAAUAAGUCUUGUGAGAUCCAAAGGGCCCUGUGCUAACUAUGGCGAUGCCCUUUUCUGGGUAGGAUCGAAAGGACUUGCCCAGGUCUUCCAGUUGGCAGAGCUACAAGGAAGCAGGAACCGAGGUCAGCUGGAUCACCUGUUUGCCCUGCCCCAUAUAGGGAGAAGAGGCGCUCAAUGCCUGCUUCACUCUGUCCCGGCCGAGCUGUGCCUGUGUUCCCGUGUGUUCCUGCACCCCGGGCACGCUAAGCAGCAGCCUGAGUCAGCUCAGACCAGGGAGCGAGCACCUCAGCACCUGUUGUCUGGCUUCCUAAAAUGGAAAGGAAAAGCUGUCCUCAGUCUGGCCAAGGAGCCGAGGCUAAGGCGAGUGAGGAAGCGGAUCCAACACUGGGCGGGCGGUCUUUUCCCGGUGUCCCUUUGUCUCAAGGCCCAGCGUUCCCGGUCUUUUGUUCUCCGCAUCCACCAGGAUUUGAGAUUUAAAGAAAAACAAGAGCCGAGUCUUCUUGCGCCCUCUGGUGUCCCAAUGAAGUAUAACCAGAAAAAAAAUCUACAAAGAUCGCGGCCAUUUCGCGUAAGGAGAUGCCCAGAGAGAGCAGAAUGUCUGGAAUCUGGAAGGAAUCACACACCAACAGAAUUUAUAAGUGUGGACAUGGAUUAAACAAACAAACAAACAAAAACAAAUAGUGGCCGUGAUGCAGAUAUUUAAGAGCUGGUGGCUUUUGCCUUAGCA